AUGAGUCAUGAAUGUAGGAGUGUUUAUGGGUCGGGUGAAACCGAGUUUGAUAUGACUCAGACUCUGUUCGAAAUAUAUACCGAGCCUAUUUCUAUUCUUGUUUAUGUUGAUGAUCUUGUGUUAGCUGGAGAUGAUUUGAGUGAAAUUCAAGCUGUCAAAAUGUUUUUGGAUGAUAAGUUCAAAAUUAAAGACCUUGGCCUUCUUAAGUUCUUUAUUGGGAUGGAGGUAGCACGAAGCAAUGCUGGUAUUGCACUGUAUCAAAGAAAGUAUGCAUUGGAUUUGAUCACAGACUGCGGUUUGCUUGGUGCAAAACCAGCAUCUACUCCUAUGGAGUACACUACUUCUCUGUCUGAGGCUUCAGGCUCCCCUCUUCCUGAUGCAACCAUCUAUCGUGGAUUGGUGGGCAGACUUCUGUACCUUACUAACACAAGACCAGAUCUCAGCUACUCUGUUAGAUGCUUAUCUCAGUUCAUGGAUUCACCAACUGAUGCCCACUUGAAGGCUGCCUACAGGAUCAUCCGGUAUCUAAAACAAUCACCAGCAACUGGCUUAUUUUUCUGUGUCAACAAUUCUUUCACACUAUCUGGUUACACUGAUUCUGAUUGGGGGGCUUGUAAAGACACCCGAAAAUCCAUCAGUGGUUAUUGUUUCUUCCUUGACCAAACUCUUAUUUCUUGGAAGAGUAAGAAGCAGGCUACAGUUUCAAGGUCGUCCUCAGAAGCAGAAUAUCGCGCCCUUGCUAAUGGCACUUGUGAACUCGUUUGGUUACUCAAACUACUAAAGGAAUUCAACAUUCUUCCUCCUCUUCCGGUUGAUAUCUUCUGUGAUAAUAAAUCUGCUAUCUAUAUUGCUUCAAAUCCUGUCUUUCAUGAAAGAACCAAGCAUGUUGAGGUUGAUUGUCAUGUGGCUCGAAACAAGUUCAAAGAAGGGGUUUCUAAUCUUAGGCACGUUGUCUCCAGUGAACAACCGGCUGAUCUAUUCACUAAAUCCCUUCCUCCAGGACCAUUCUCUCAUUUGCUUUCCAAGCUGGGAUUACUUGAUUUGCACAAACCACGUAAUACCAGCUUGCGGGGGGAUGUAACAUAA